UUACAAUACACCAAACAUGGCAAAGCAAAGUGACCUUUUGGUCUCAAAAAUUGGCAUUAUCGGAGCUGGCGUGAGCGGUUUAGCUGCGCUUAAGCAGCUUUCCCACCAUGCUCCGGUGGUUUUCGAGGCUUCCGACUCUCUCGGUGGCGUCUGGAAAACUUGCUCUUACCAUUCAACCAAACUUCAGUCCCCUCGUUGCGAUUAUGAAUUCGCUGAUCAUCCUUGGCCUAACAGAGAUGAUCCAAGCUUUCCUUCUCAUGAUGAGAUUCUUGAUUACUUGAAUUCUUAUGCUGAGCGUUUUGAUCUGUUUAAGUACAUUAGGUUCAAUUCUAAGGUGGUGGAGGUCCAAUUCAUCGGUGACCGGGAAACCUCUGAAUUUACUUCAAAGUAUGGAAGUCUCCUUCCGGGUCAGCCGGUGUGGAAGGUGGCCGUGCAAACCGAUCAUUCAGACACCAUUCAGUGGUAUGCCUUGGAGUUUCUUGUGAUUUGCAUGGGAAAAUAUGGUGAUAUACCUAAGAUUCCUAAUUUUCCUAUAAAUAGAGGCCCAGAAAUUUUCAUAGGAAAGGUCUUGCAUUCGCUUGACUACUGCAAACUUGAUAGGGAAGCUGCUGCUCAACUUCUCAAGGGAAAGAAGGUCGCCGUUGUUGGCUUCAAAAAAUCGGCCAUUGAUUUAGCUUUGGAGUGUGCUCAGGCAAACCAAGGUCCUGAUGGGCAGCCGUGCACCAUGGUUGUGAGGACCGUGCACUGGACUGUUCCUCAUUACUGGGUAUGGGGAUUGCCAUUUUUCUUGUUCUUUUCCACCAGAUUUUCUCAGUUCAUCCAUGAAAGGCCUAAUCAAAACCUCCCCAAGGCCCUGCUCUGCCUUCUCUUCUCUCCAAUGAGGCAUGUUGUUUCCAAGUUCAUAGAGUCGUAUGUGCUCUAUAAACUUCCUCUGCAGAAGUAUGGAUUAAAACCAGAUCAUCCUUUCCUUGAAGACUAUGCUUCAUGCCAGAUGGCUAUCAUGCCGGAAAAUUUUUUCCCCCAGGCUGAUAAGGGCAAGAUUCUGUUUAAAAAUACAUCAAAAUUUGGGUUCUUUAGGGAAGGACUUGAAUUUGAAGAUAAUACUAAAUUGAAGGCUGAUGUUGUGAUUCUUGCAACUGGUUACGAUGGAAAGAAAAAGCUCAAAAAUAUCUUACUAGAGCCUUUUUGUAGUUUAUUAGAGUAUCCUUAUGGAGUCAUGCCCUUGUACAGGGGAACCAUUCAUCCACUGAUUCCAAACAUGGCUUUUCUGGGUUAUAUAGAGAGUGUUUCGAAUCUUCACACUGCAGAGCUGCGUAGCAUGUGGUUGGCAAGACUUGUUGACGAUAAAUUUAAGCUCCCAACUGUGGAGAAGAUGCUUGAGCAAGUUUCAAAGGAGAUUGAAAUUAUGAAGAGGACAACCAGGUUCUACAAAAAGAAGCAUUGCAUCUCAACUUUUAGCAUCAACCACAGUGAUGAAAUCUGUGAAGAAAUGGGGUGCUGUUCCUGGAGGAAGAACAACUUGCUAUCUGAAGUAUUUAGCCCUUAUGGCAGUCAGGACUAUGAGAAACUGGAAUAAAUGGUCUACUACAAGCACAUAAAUUUCUUAUGCCAUUUUUUAUUUCUAGAUGCAAUAAGCACAUUAGUGCCCUAAUGGGUUUACAUUUAGGUGGGUCCUUAAGCAAAAGAAGGAAACAGCAACUGAGGAAAAAAAAAAAAAAAGAACUUAUCAUGUAUGAGUAUCUAAGAUAUAUACCAAUAAAUU